UUUUUCUAUUACAACUAAAAAGCGGUUUUCCCUUUCACACCAUAUUUCCCUUUUUCUUUUUCCUCUCUCUCUCUCACUUACCGAUUCCCCUCUUUUUCAUCUCGUUUUCCGGUCGACAUCGUGCGCUCCGCCGCAAAAUAUCCUCAAUCGCCGCCGUAGAAGGAACACAGAAACACCGCAGAAGAAUGUGGCUCGCAUGCGUAUGGGAAGAGAAAGAGCGAGAGUUAGGUCGACAACAAGCGCCUGGAACUUGCCCUUUCUGUCAAGGCAAAGUCUACGCCAUUGAUGUCGAAAGGCGAUGGAAGCUCUGUUUCCUUCCUCUCUGCCUCAAGAUCAAGAGGAAGUAUCUCUGUACUCUCUGUUCUCGUCGCCUCGAGUUGUGCCACUGGUAGUAAUUAAAAUCUAAAAGAAAUUAGGUCUCGGUUAAUUUCGUCGAACCAAUAGAUCGAUCGAUCGAUGGAUCCGUCGUGUAAUUUGAACCGCUACUCGUAAAUUUGUGCGUUCCUGUUCUUCCGUGAAGUGUUUGAUUGAGUUUUGGUGAAACGGAUCAUGAUCAGGAUUUGGAUCUGACUCGAAUUAGAUGCAUCUAAUCUUGUUGUUUUUGGUUUCUUGUACAGUAAAUCGCAAAAUUGUAGAUAGAGGAAGACUUCUCUUCGGCCUUUCCAAGGGGUUGUUUAUAUCUAUAUUAUUUGAAAGAUGAAUUGUUAUGCGAUUU